AUGGGAAGUGGAACAAUUCCAGAUAGUGAUAUAACUGCUUCUUCAGUACAAAGUGCCAACACACCAGCCAAGAAUGGUCGACUAAACUACACAUCAGGAUCAUCAUGGUGUGCAGGAACAGGUGACACUAACCCAUAUCUACAGAUUGAUCUAAAGACACUUCAUAUCGUCUGUGCUGUGUCUACUCAAGGGAAUUCUAAAGCAGAUCAGUGGGUGAAGACCUACAAACUGCAAUUAUCCACUGAUGAAACAACUUGGACAGACUAUACCGAGUUAGGUGGGCAGGCGAAGGUAUGUCAUAUGGGCUGGUUGAGAAUUAUAUGA